UCUUGGUGCAUUAAGAUGAUAGAUACCGUAAACCUACUUUUGUUGACCAAACUUGAUUCUAAAGAAAGAAACAAAAGAGAGAACAAAAACGAAGACAACUCUCAUCUUCUUUUCUCUCUGUUUUUUCAUCUCCUCUCUCUCUUCUAGAGCUUGUUGAUUGAUGAUCUCGAAGCAAGAAUCAUGAGAUUCCUUCACAGAUUUCUGUUGGAGGAUAUGUCCAACGAAACCUUAUCGGACUCGGUCUGUAAAUUUAAUUGCCUCCAAGAGUUGAAAAGUAAAGGAUAUUGUCCAUCCUAUUGUCUUGACGAGUGUCCUUCAAUCUGCGAGAUCGUCGUAGUUACAGGUUUUUCUCCACCUCCAGUGAUCCACCACGACGACAACUUAAAGAGGAUCUUGAUCAUCUCUGCUUCAUCUAUCAUCACAACUCUGUUUCUCCUUACUUUACUUGUUCUCUGCUUCAAGUUUUACUAUAGGAGGAGAAGAUUAGAAUUAGCAAUAUCAAGAAGAUGGAGCAUGGAUGAGGCUAGGAAUUGGGACUUGGAUGGACCAGCACCGGUUAUCGUCGAUCAUCCGAUUUGGCAUAUCAGAACCAUAGGGUUGAAUCCAACGGUUAUAAGUUCGAUCAAAGUUUGCCAGUAUAGUAAAAAAGAUGGUGUUGUGGAAGGAACAGAUUGUUCGGUUUGUUUAAGCGAAUUCGAAGAAGAAGAGACGCUUAGAUUGUUACCAAAGUGUAAACAUGCUUUUCAUCUUUCUUGUAUUGAUACUUGGCUUAGAUCACACACCAAUUGUCCGCUUUGUCGUGCUCCUAUAGUCGUGGCCAACACGAUGAUUGAUGACCAUAGUGAGGGUCUAGAGGAGAUCCGCGUGAGUAUUCCAGAAGAAAUCGAUGGAGAUAAUAUCGAUGAAGAAAUCGAGGAAGAAAGAGAUGGGUUUGUUAGUAAUAUUAGUAGAGAACAUGGUGAGUCGCAGCAGCGAGUGAGACGAUCAGUGUCGUUGGGCUCGUUAUCAGGAUUAAGGGCAAGUGAAGUUGUUGUGGGUAGAGAAAAGGAGAAGUUGAAGAGAGGCAAUAACAUUGGAUCUGGGAGGUCAAGUUUCUUGAAGAGAUCUAUCUCUUACAGUGGAAAGUAGUACUAGCUUCAUUGCUAUGAGUAAAACAAGUCCAUUAAGUAAGUAAGAAAAUCAAAUCAAAGCCAAAAAGAUAGAUUGUAUUUAUAUGUAUGAAGGUGAUAUAAGAUUUUGUUUAUCAAAGCUGCCACUCUUGUAAAGUUGAAAAAGAGAGUUUUUGACAGCUUAUACUCUGCUUUUGGAUUAAGUUGGUAAGUAUAAAUAUACACCAAGCGCUUCAUUUUGUAUGUUACUUGUUUAUUGUUCUUGAAACACCAUCUGGUUUCUAGUUAAACUCAGAUUCAACU